AUGCUUUACCGCUAUACCAACCCGAUCUUUGCCGCUGCCGCCGCGUACCUGGCGAUCCAGUCUCUGAUGCCCUUUACCGCUGCUGCAGCGCCGACAAUUCACCCCUACACCCGGGUGACCGAUGACGUUCAACCCUCGGUUAUUUACGAGCCGUUUGAGUUCCCCCUGACUCCCUUCGCCCCGGACACGAACACUAUGGUGCUGAACAUUGGUCUCGUGGCCCAUACUUCGAACGCGACUGUUGCGGAUUACAUGGUGUUUAGCCUGGUCGAGUCCAUCGCCCAAUCUGACCCCGAAGCUGUAGUCUACGAGAUUGCCGCUGCUGACGUAGACCCGAUGGCCCGCGCUAUACCCGUUGCCCCUGCCGCGACUGAGCCCCACGAGACGCGCUAUCUCGAAGUCCGUAUCGACCCGCGUAUGUAUGAGACCGUAGUCAAUAAUGUCAACAACAUUUACAUUGACGGUAACACGGUUGCCGGAGAUCUAGUCAUUGACACAUCUAUUGAUGUCACGAACGGCGGCGGCAACACGGUCACUAACAAUGGUGGUGGCAACACUGUUAACAAUAACAACGGUGGUGACCCGGACACUCCGACUAUGGUGGUAAAGGAGUGUCGCAUCACUCAUCCCGACGACACACUGAACCAGUACCUCGACAUUGUCAACAACAAGGCUGUCAUGGUCACUAUGAAGCCGGACCGCUGGAUGAUUGAGUAUGUUUCCGAGACCGAGUUUACUAUGCGUCGCGGGGCAAAGUAUCUGGUGGCUGAGGACACCACGGUCCCGGGUACGGAUGGCGACAAUAUCCGACUCACCGUCAACACGAGCAAGACCGCCCCGAACAACAAGUGGAUCAUGAAGGAACAGGUCUUUAUCCAGAGCGUGGCUAACGAUUAUAUUGUGGUCAACUACUCCAGUGCCGAUGUGGUUAUGUUGAUGGUUACCGGCAAAUUUAUCGAGUACGAGGACCAGAAGUGGCAUUUUGUAGACUGCAUCUAG